ACACCUGGAACCGUACCGAAAGAGCAAGAAUCGAGUGGAAAGAGAUCAGUUAGUUUAUACUAACUCGUGAAAAAGAUAUUGAUGAUUGGAAGGUCGCAGCGCGUACCUUGACCUGAGGUUAGUAAUAAUGUAUACUUGGACUUUAGUUAUAAAUUGACAUCAGGUUUAAGAUGAAUGUCUUAAAGCCCAUAUCCUGAAUUUCUUACUAAGCAUAAUAAUUUAUUCUUUUAGCUUUACUGAACCAAGAUGUUCUGAUAAACGAUUUUAAGCCCCAAUAUAUUGAGUGGGGGUUACUUUCGUUUCGCUUGGAAUAAAAUCUACGUAGGUUUGUUCUGCAUCUUAGCUGUUAAGCUCAGACUGAAGAACAUGCUCAAUAUGCAAAAAUUUGUUCGUCAUUCUACAGGACUAGUAAAGUGUAUUAAUAAAGUCGGAUUUAUGUAUCCCUUUCGUCGUUACUCGUCAAAUGUGAGUGCUACAAGAGAACAUGAGGUUAAACAACUUCCAGAUGAACAACAAAAGAUUGAUAGACUAUCGUCUUUUGGGGCUUACGUUGGUGAAUGUUUACCCAAGUUUGUCCAAAAGGUGCAACUAGGUCAUACCAAAGAACUUGAAAUCUGUAUUCAUCCGGAUGGAAUUAUUCCAGUUCUUUCAUUCCUUAAAUGUCAUCAUAAUGCUCAGUUCUUAAACCUUUCGGAUAUUACUGCUGUAGAUAUUCCAUCAAGAAAAUAUCGAUUCCAGAUUGUUUAUAAUCUUCUUUCCUUGAGGUAUAAUUCUCGAAUUCGUGUCUUGACGUACACAGAUGAACUUACACCAAUCGACUCUUCUUGUUCCAUUUUUCAAGCAUCAAAUUGGUAUGAACGGGAGGUAUGGGAUAUGUUUGGUGUAUUUUUCUAUGAUCAUCCUGACCUUCGUCGGAUUCUUACUGACUAUGGUUUUAUAGGACAUCCUCAAAGAAAAGAUUUUCCUUUGAGUGGAUAUACGGAGAUGAGAUAUGACGACGAAUACAGUCGGGUGGUCAUUGAACCCGUUGAACUAGCUCAGGAAUUCAGGCGAUUUGAGUUCAACUCUGCUUGGGAAUCAUUUCCAGCUUUUCGGGAUCCUAGCUCACCAGAUAAGAAUUUACUAGAAGCUCCCAAGUCCGGAAGCCAUUCUGAAGACUCAACGCCGAAACUAAAUUCUAAAUAAAUAACAAAUUUUUUCUGUUACCUGUCGAUAGUAUAAUUUAACAGAUGAAUUACAAAUAGACUUCUUUUGUUCUG